CACAGUGGCAGAGGUACACUAUAACCACAUCUCUCUCGAUCUCUCUCUCACUCUCACUCCCUCUCUCUCUCUCACACACACACUCACACACACACACACACACACACACACACACACACACAAUCACACACAGAUGCGAGGAUCUGUCUGUUUGACCACUCCGCUCCACGCCACCCACCCUCCUUGGCCAGCAGCACUUGUCGAGAGGAAUACUGCGGUGAACACACAGCUGCUCUCCAUCGCCCAUCUUCACAGCUUUUUUUUCCCCCCACUCUUUGCUCCUUUUUUUCCCGUCAAGCCAAUUCUGUCAUGAUCCUGCCUUUUCCUUGUUGCUAAGGGAAGUGGAACUGAGAGAAGUGGACAAGGCGUUAUUUUGUUGCUAAGGCCAGGAGACUGCAGGCAUGGCUCAGGGUUCCCGGGACCAGGGUGGUGUGGGGACAGCCGACCCAGAUGACGACUCACCCAACAUGAUUGUCUAUAGGAAGAUCGAAGACCUCGUCAGUCGCCUCCAGGAUGAGAAGGCCGGAGGUGUACCCAUCCGGACAGUAAAGAGCUUCUUAUCCAAGAUCCCCAGUGUUGUCACAGGUGCAGACAUUGUCCAGUGGCUGAUGAAGAACCUCUCCAUUGAGGACCCAGCCGAAGCUAUUCAUCUGGGGAGCCUCAUCGCUGCCCUGGGCUACAUCUUCCCAAUCUCUGACCAUGUUCUCACACUGAAGGACGAUGGGACGUUUUAUCGCUUCCAGGCUCCAUACUUUUGGCCAUCCAACUGCUGGGAGCCGGAGAACACAGAUUACGCCAUUUACCUUUGUAAGCGGACCAUGCAGAACAAGGCCCGUCUGGAGCUGGCCGACUACGAGGCUGAGAACCUGGCCCGGCUUCAGAGGGCCUUUGCCAGGAAGUGGGAGUUCAUCUUCAUGCAAGCAGAGGCACAGGUCAAGAUUGACAGAAAGAAGGACAAGACGGAGCGCAAGAUCCUCGACAGCCAGGAAAGGGCAUUCUGGGAUGUCCAUCGGCCAGUGCCAGGCUGCGUGAACACAACCGAGAUGGAUAUCCGCAAAUGUCGGAGAGAGAAGAACCCACAGAAAGUGAAAAAGUCAGUGUAUGGGGUGACCGAUGAGGCCCAGACACACAGCCCCGUUCACACACCGUCACAGCCCAUCAGGAAGGCCACCAAAGAGGACGUGCAGAAGGAGAUAUCAUUCCUAAAUACACAACUGGACAGACACUGUAUGAAAAUGUCCAAAGUCGCUGACAGCUUGAUGAGCUACACGGAGCAGUUCCUCGACUACGACCCUUUUGUGACGAUGUCAGAACCCUCUAACCCAUGGAUCAGUGAUGAUACCACCUUCUGGGACCUAGAAGCCAGCAAGGACCCCAGUCAGCAGCGCGUCAGGAAGUGGGGUUUCUCGCUGGAAGAGACACUGAAAGACCCUGCAGGGCGGGACCAGUUCCUAAAGUUCCUUGAGUCCGAGUUCAGCUCAGAAAAUCUACGGUUCUGGCUGGCGGUGCAAGACCUCAAGCGUCGCCCCCUGCAGGACGUCCCCGGUAGGGCCCAGGAAAUCUGGCAGGAGUUCCUGGCAGAGGGCGCCCCCAGCUCCAUCAAUCUGGACUCUCACAGCUAUGAACGCACCAGCCAGAACCUCAAAGACCCGGGGCGCUACAGCUUUGAGGAUGCCCAGGAGCACAUCUUCAAGUUGAUGAAGAGUGACAGCUAUGCUCGUUUCCUGCGCUCCAAUGCCUACCAGGACCUCCUGCUGGCCCGGAAGAAGCCUGAGAGCGAGCAGGGACGCCGUACCUCCCUGGAGAAGUUUACUCGCAGCGUGGGGAAGUCGUUGACAGGUAAACGACUCACAGGGCUCAUGCAGUCCUCCUGACGCAGCCUGGGCCCGGAGUAGUACCGGCGGGGCCCCCGAGUGGAGUCACUGCUGCAGGGCCGUAGGAGGUGAGGACAAUGGGACAUCGGGGGCGGGGGGGCAAGCCACGGACACAGGCGGGGCAGACCUUCCUUACCUCCCCACACAGGGUGCGGUGAGUGCAUUUGCCAGGAGCAAUAACUCUGGGUUAACGAUGCUGGAAAGGACAACACUCCCUCUGUGUUAUUAAUCAGCAGAAAUGCGACUUACGGUGGAAGAAUGUGUUCUGUUCCUCCGCAUUGUCUUUUUUCUAAUGGAAACAAACAUCGAGUUAUGAUCUGAAAACUAGAUGAAUGUGUACCCCAGUAGUCCUCAGCCUCAAGUUAUUUCUUAGUCUCAAGUUAUUGGCUGCGUCUAUGAACUCGAAGGACGAGCCCGUUUGUUUCCCCACAUUCCAAGGGCUGGAGACAUGGACACAUGCCGACGUGGCGCAUCGGAAAACACACGGGCCCCAUGCUCCUACAACUGCUUAAUAGGACAAUAAAGACUGGUGCGGAGGCCCUGAACAGAGCACCAUGGUGAAGAUCAGGACAGAUCCAUGGGACGGUUUGGCCGCUGAGAAGACUUUACUGCUGUCAUCUUUAACUGUGAAAAUCCAUUCAUAAGCUACUUCUGCAAGGGAAACAUUGCGUAUUUGAGCAUUGAGCAUAUAGGACUUCAAGUUGACAUUGUCUGUCAAACUGCACGUUUGAUGGUGGACAAUGUCUGCUUCGAAUAUUAGAAGCAUCACACAAUCAUUUCCAAACCAAAGCGGUUGUUGCGGGAAGGGGGGUGGAGCUAACUGCUCGUGCAACCGUCACAAGCUCUUACAUCACGCUUCCUUUAGGCACUUUAUGCAUCACUCUAGUUAUUUUAAGCGUACGAUUUCUGGGAAAGGGUCCAAACAGUGGAUGCAGCAGACUCCACAUCAAGGACCUGGGGUAUUUAUUAGUUACGGGCGUGAAUAUUACGGGUGUGAAGACUUUGCAGGCGUGUGGCAGCAGUGUCAUAGUGGCGCACUUUAGAAAAGCUGGUGACAGAACAAUCACUGAAUUGUCAUUGCAGAUGUCUGGCUUUUGUGACAGCAUGCAAAAACCUCCCGAUCACUGAAGGUUUAGUCCCGUACGCUGAUGCUGGAGAUACCCAAUGCAGCUCCAGGCCAACAGCAACACACACAGUGUAAUCCCGGAAUGUGCUUUCUCCACAGGAUGCUAUAUUCCCAGCACUGGCUGGGCAUUUCCUCUUUUUACUAACUGUAAAUAAAAGCUGAAUGUAAGACCUUCAAAACCUUUAUGAGCCUAGGCUAUAAAAUAUGUUGCAGGAUCAUCAAACGCAUUCGCAGAUUACAAGUAUCACCCCAUGGUGCAGUGCUGUUCCAUAGAAUGCGUGGUUUCAGGGGCCCGUUGUGCUUUUGUGACACAUUCGCAAAUGCAAACCAAAAGUGUGAUUCCUCUGUCAAAACAGGGAGUCCUGGGCUUC